CCCAUGAACGAUUGCUUGUCACGUGGUUUCCGUUGUGCGGAUUGGCGACGCCAUUGCUCGGAAUGACGUCGAGGAGAUGGGCCUUGUAUUCUUGCAUGCUCUUCCCUCGCCGGACGGACCAGCUGCGUCACCGCCGGACCCACGCAUUUCUCACCUCUUGGACGAGUAUAGAGACGUCUUCGAGGCUCCCACUGGAACGGUUCCGGAUCGGCCCAUACGUCACGGGAUCACUCUCGAGGCUAGCGUCGUCCCUCCGCGUGGAUGUAUCUACCGCAUGAGCGAAGAGGAACUCGAGGUGCUUCGCGCACAACUCGAUUAUCUUCUCAACAAGGGUUGGAUUCGCCUUAGUUGCUCGCCAUACGGAGCACCUGUUUUCUUCGUUCGGAAGAAAUACAAAGAUCUACGGUUAUGCAUCGACUACCGGAAACUUAACGCACAAACCGAAAAGAACGCCGGCCCUCUCCCUCGGAUUGAUGAUCUCCUUGAGCGGUUAGGCGGUGCGACGUACUUCUCGAAGUUGGAUUUGAAGUCAGGUUACCACCAGAUUGAAAUCCAGCCUCAAGACCGGUACAAGACCGCGUUCAAGACGCGGUAUGGGCAUUUUGAGUGGGUUGUCAUGCCAUUUGGCCUCACCAAUGCGCCCGCAACGUUUCAAGCAGCGAUGACGAACAAAAUCCAAGCCAUCGUGGAUUGGCUGGAACCCCGUUGCACUACGGAUGUACGCUCUUUCAUGGGUUUGGCUGGAUAUUAUCAGCGAUUCGUCGAGUCAUACUCGAAAGUGGCCGCUCCUUUGUCGAGACAUCAGUCCCCGAAGGUGCCCUUCGAGUUCGACGACGCAGCCCGUGGCGCGUUCACUACGUUGAAGGCAGCGAUGCAAGCUGCACCUGCCCUCCGUAUAUAUGACCCCACCCUACCCACCCAAGUGACUACGGACGCUUCGGGAUACGGUAUUGGUGCGGUGUUGGAACAGUGUCACGAGGACGGUUGGCAUCCGGUUGAGUACUUCUUUCAGAAGGUGCCUCUCGUCAACACUCUUGAUGACGCUAGGAAGAAAGAGCUACUUGCGUUCGUCACCGUCCUCAAACGGUGGCGCCACUUUCUUCUUGGCCGUCGGUGUUUUAAAUGGAAUACGGAUAACAAUCCGUUGACAUUUUACAAAACGCAGGACACGGUCACUAGUACGAUCGGUCGAUGGAUGUAUUACAUCGACCAGUUCGAUUUUGACCCGUGUCACAUUCCCGGUCCCGCCAAUCGAGCUGCGGACGCCCUCUCACGACGGCCCGACUUUUGUGCCAUUGUGACCACGACAUUCGACCUCGAUGACGAUCUGCAGCAGCAUUUCGUCAAAGGCUACAAGUCCGAUCCAACUUACUCUACGCUUUACGCAGAGCUUUCAUCGGAUCAACCGCCGGCUAGCCACUAUCGGAUUUCCGACGGGUUCCUCCUUCACACGAGAGGAAAGGACUUGUUAGUUGUGCCCCAAGAUCGCAUCUUACGGACGACUUUCGGCACACCUUGGCGUGAACCGCACACUAGCACGCCUUCGCCAGCCUUUUCACUGGCCCGACGUCCUUCACGCCGUCACGAGGUACAUUGAGUCAUGUGCAGUUUGCCACCGCAACAAGGGUCGAUCUCGAGUCCCCUUCGGCGAACUGAAACCGUUGCCGAUCCCUCG